AACUCUUGGCGUAGAGUUCAAUUUAGUCCAUUUAAGGGUUCCUGGAGUCCAAUUUUUAGUGUAUUUCGAUACAUUUUAUCUGGCAACACUGACUGGAACUGUCAUUGUCAAAUUUCUAUAUAAACCUCUUUUACAUUGUUGAAGUAGCCCAAAGCAAGUGGCACAAGAUGUUGAUGCCAAAACAGAAUCGUGUUGCUAUUUAUGAAUACCUUUUUAAAGAGGGGGUUAUGGUAGCAAAAAAAGAUUACCAUGCACCCAAACACCCAGACUUGGAGAAGAUACCUAACCUCCAAGUCAUCAAAGCUAUGCAGUCUCUAAAAUCCAGAGGUUAUGUCAAAGAACAAUUUGCAUGGAGACAUUUCUACUGGUACCUUACAAAUGAAGGUAUUGAAUACCUUCGUAUUUUCCUCCACUUACCCCCUGAAAUUGUGCCAGCAACACUGAAACGAUCAGUGCGAACAGAAACAGUGCGACGUGGUGCCGUAGGUCGCUCGGAAGCGCCGGCACGUUCGGCAGAGGACCGUUCAGCGUACAGACGUGCACCUACUGCCCCAGCACCUGCUGGACAUGACAAGAAGGCUGAUGUCGGACCUGGCUCCGCUGACCUUGAAUUCAGAGGUGGUUUUGGAAGGGGCAGGCCAGCUCCUUAAAAAUGUUUUAAUAAAUAUAAUAAUGUAA